AAUUAACACAAAACAACGGCAUUUCAGUGGGAACAAAUGUUCUGUUUUGGACGCCAUAUAGGCCAUACAAUGUAUCCUGAUGCAAACUGUGUCAGCCUAACCCAUUUGCCCAAGUGUCAUUUUCAGAACAUGACAGUUAUAAAGUUGUUUUGAAAGGUAAGAUUUAUAUCAAAAACUAUUCAUUUUCCACAUGAUGAAUACUAUAAGAUCAAUAUUGACAACCAUUGGUUUGGUUAAUUCACUUUGAGAUAAUGGCGGUGAGUCGAGUCGAGUUUGUUGCAGCAAGAGUUGCACUAGCGGCGUUUCUAGUGUGUGCUGGGAUUAUGAUUGGAUAUUUCAGUACUAGUACAUCCAGACAGAUGACCCUGCGGGAUGUAGCUGGAGAUACAUGUAAAGGUGACCAAGAUGAUAACCGUGAAUAUAUCAACUUCAAAAAACUAAUAAAGGAGGCUGAUGGUUCCAUCGCAGAUAGACUCACACGUGAAAUUAACAACAGGGAAAUUAAGAAACACCUUAAACUAUUAUUGUCUGAAGCACCUCCUGUUGGCGGUACUACUGCUGAACUGGAACGGGCUAAUUUCAUCAGAGACAAAUGGGAAACGUAUGGAAUUGACGAAGUGAAUAUCGUACCCUACGAUGUACUGCUUAGCUACCCCGGGGUUGUGAAAAAGAAUGAAAAUAUCUUGCAAAUCCUAGAGGAGGACGGCACAGUUGUGCAUGAAGCAACGUUAAAUGAACCAAUCCUUGGUCAACGAAAAGACAUUUUACAGCCGUGGCUUGCUUACACCCCAAGUGGCGAGGUCGAAGGGGAGCUGGUGUACGCUAAUCGUGGUUCAUUGGAAGACUUUAAGCUACUAACUGAUGUGCAGGGCAUUAAUGUCACCGGUAAAAUAGUUAUUGCACGUUAUGGUGACAUUUAUCGCGGAGAUAAAAUAAAGCAUGCGCAGGUUUUCGGAGGUAAGGGAGUCAUUCUCUUCUCUGACCCCGGAGACGUAACCAAGGAAGGUGCCGGUGUUUAUCCGGAUUCAGAAUAUCUCCCUGAAUAUGGCAUACAAAGAGGGACAACACAAAACGGAUACGGAGACCCUUUAACACCUGGCUAUCCUGCAAUUGACAUUACCCAACGUAUCUCUAUUGCAGAUGCAGAAAAUUCAACAAGGCUGCCACGGAUUCCUGCACAACCGAUAGGUUAUGCUGACGCCAAAAAGUUCUUCGAAAGCAUCGACCCUUCAAGUCAGGAGGCCCCUGAAACUUGGCGGGGAAAGAUAAACACAACGUAUAGGCUGGGUCCCAAGAUGGUGAACAAUAGAAUAGUAAGGCUGGUUUCUAAAAACACUAGAGAGACCCGUACUACACAUAAUGUAAUAGGAAUUAUCAGGGGAGAUAUUGAACCGGAUAGAUACGUCAUUGUCGGAGCUCAUCACGAUGCUUGGGUAUCAGGAGCAUUUGAUAACACACAGGGCACAGCCCUUUUACUCGAACUAGCAAGAGUUUUUGGCAAGUUGUUAUUUUGUGGAUGGCGUCCGCGUCGAAGUAUUAUACUUGCGAGUUGGGGUGCUGAAGAAUAUGGCUUAAUUGGUGCAAACGAAUUUGUCGAAGAAUUCUCGAAAAACCUGGCUGAAAGGGCUGUCGCAUACAUCAAUACAGACGUGUCAGUUAUAGGUCGAAAGUUCUUUUUUACGUUAAGUUCUCCUCUUCUAAACAGUGUUAUUUAUCGUGCCACUGAAUUCGUCAAAUCACCAGAUGCAGAAUAUAAUACACUUCGGGAGUUCUGGAGUUCUCGAGAAAAACAUGUAUUGAACAAUUCUAAUGACGAACCAGUAAUCUUUAAAUUGGGAGCGCGAAGCGACCAUGCUCCCUUUUAUAACAUAAUAGGAGUGCCGAGUAUGAACUCCGGGCGAUUUGGAAAUGAUACAUCCUCGUACCCUCUCUAUCAUAGUGCAUAUGAGACUUUCAGAGCAGUGAAAAUGUUCAUAGAUCCCACGUUUGAGUACCAACAAGCGAUCGCUAGACUAGUCGGUGAAGUGGUAAGGCUCCUCGCCGAAGAACUUGUUCUGCCAAUGGAUGUUCGUUAUUACGCUAAAGACAUAACAACAACUUUUGCUCAAAUAAAAAAGAGAUUUGGAACAAAACUUGACAGUGAAAAUAUAACCCUGUCAAAGUUUGAAGAGGCUGUCGAAAGUUUUGCAAACGCAACUGAGUUGUUCAAUAUUAUGGCGGAAAACGUUGACAGACAGGAUCCAAUUGCCGUGAGAAUGUUGAACGAUAAAAUGAUGUUGUUGGAACGAGCAUUCAUCGAUCCACUAGGGUUACCUGGAAGACCUCUGUAUCGUCAUAUAGUAGCCGCUCCAAGCAGAAGCAAUGCCUGUAAUUCGGUGGGGUUUCCUGGUGUCGUUGACGCUAUCGCUGACACCGAAGAUUUGGCAGUUGAUGAUAAGGUUAACGGUUGGAGACUUGUUCGGAAAGAAAUUGCAAAAGCUAUAUUUGCACUCAAAUCUGCUGGAUCAACUCUUUUGGGUCACGUAAAACUUGGACGCUAAAUUAUAUUUUCUAAAGACAAUGGCUUCUUUCGGACUUUGAGAUAACACACCAUUGUACAUAAUUUGGGAAAAUUCUUGUAUAUAUUUAAGCUUUCCAUAGGCAGUUGAUGAUAAGGUAAACGGUUGGAGUGUAGUUCGGAAAGAAAUUCAAAAACUAUAUUUACACUCAAAUCUGCUGGAUCAACUCUUAUUGGACACGUUAAACUUGGACUCUAGAUUAUAUUUUGUAAAGACAAUGCUUCAUUCGGACUUUGAGAUAACACACCAUUGUACAUAAUUUGGGAAAAUUCUUGUAUAUUUAAGCUUUCCAUAGGCAGUUGGUGAUAAGGUUGUAGUGUAGUUAUGAAAGAAAGUGCAAAAGCUAUAAUUGCACUCAAGUCUGCCGUAUCAACUCAUUUUGGACACGUUAAACUUUGACGCUAGAUUAUAUUUUUUGAAGCAAAUGGCGCCAUCCUGACUUUAAGAUAAUACACCAUGAGCGUAGCCAAGGGGGUGCGAUAGGUGCACCAUAACCCAUAACCCCCAUAACCAAUGAAAAUAAAAUUAUUAGAAAGAGGAAGAAAAGAGCUUCAAAAUGCUUUUUAUUUGAAGUUUCUAACUCAAUUUUGAAGGAAGUUCCAUCAAUUUUUUAAAUUCAAAAGAAAUCUUUAAAAAAAAAGAUUUUUGACGAUCGCACCCCUUGACCGAAUGAGGUAUAUCCAGAAUUAUGGCAAUGUCUAUACUUUCUAUACAUUGUCUAUACUUUCUAUACUUUCGAUCUCCUUUUUCAUACUAUCUGCCUUCGACGUUCUAUACUUUCGGUACUUUUUCCUAUAACUGUCUUAGACAAAUCAGAUGUCUAUAGUUUCUAUACUUUCUAUACUUUCUAUCUGCUAUUUCCCAGAACUGUCUUCGAUAUAUCAGAUGUCUAUACUUUCUAUACUUUCGAUCUGAGUUACAUGUAUAGACUUUAGAGAGUCCAAUCGUCUAAGACUGAAAAAAGUAUCAUUUAAAAAAAGUAUAGAAUAUGCCAUAAUUUUGGAUAUACAUGGACCGAAAGCAGGCUACGCUCAUGUACACCAUUGUACAUAAUUCGGGAAAAUUCUUGGACAUGAAGCUUCCAAAAGAAUUAUUCAUAUACUUUCGGGAACAAUAAGCCAGACCAUUUUCAAAUAACAUAGAAAUUGAUCCAUCCUUUGGUUGUUUCAAAAAAUUCUGAUAUCUGAAUUCUGAAAUUCUGAAAGUGUUCGGAACUUCGGUUAUCAAUGUCAGAUAUACAGGUUUUAUAUAUAGGGUGGGCCAAUUAAAAUUGGAACAUUUUUCUAUUAAUUCAAUUGUCUUUAUUUUUUGCAGUUCAAUCCACUAAAAUUCAGAUAAUGGUAAAAUGAUUAUUUGUGAAAAUGUUAAAGAUAAAAAUAUGUAUGUAUGAUUAUUUUUGGCUUGACAGGGUCAUAAUCUGUAUUCUGCAUGUGUCAUGAAAAAUUUCCAAAUUUUCUCUGCUUGAGACAUCACUGCUGAAAAUACAUCUUUCAUACCAUACAAUAUGCACCCUUCAAAUGGUCUCAACACAAUUUCCAUCAAUUAAAACAUAUGAAAUUGUAUUUUUCAAAACUGGCACAAUAUGUCUAAAACCUGUCAUUUAAGCCAUGGAUGACUGUCAAAUAGAGCUCAGACUGAUUGUUCAGGUGGGGAGGACAAGAGCAUGAAACCCUUGCAUUGAGUAAAAAAAUGGAACAUUUUUUCAUUGAUUGUAACUUUUUUGUUAGUCAUGUAUUAUCUUCAAUAGUUUAGAAAAUUGAAACACAAUUUAUUGUCAACAGCUUCUGUAAAUAUGAAUAUACAAGCUCAACAUUUAAUUACUGAACAUGCCCCCCACCCACCUGAUCAAUCAGUAUGACCUGUAUUUGAAAAUCAUGCUUAAAUAUAGGUUUGAGACAUAUUGUGCCAGUUUUGAAAAAAGCUGAGGUCAAUUAAGCUAUUAUAAUAUUAUCCUAGGGAAACAUGUCUAGCUUCACCUAGAGAUAACUACGUAAUGCUUUAGUUGAUGGAAAUUCUGUUGAGACCAUUUAAAGGGCAUAUAUAGUAUUGUGUGAGAUACUGUAUUUCCAGUAAUGAUGUCUCAAGCAGAGAAGUUUUGGAAAAUUUUCAUGACUUACGCAGUAUACAGAUCAUAACCAUGACAAAUGUUCCAAUGUUCCACCCUGUACUCGCCCUAUAUACGAAGAUUAUUUUCGGCUUAUGUUUGUUGAUUCAAAAAUACAUCAAGUUUGUCAUGGACCGAACUAUUGUAACUUUAAAAACAAUUUUAGGACAAAUAACACAGACAGGCUUUGACAUGCUAUCCAAUGAAAACUUCUUGUUGCCAAACUUAUGGGGAAAGUGUAUAUCAAGUUUAUGCCUCGCUUUGAUCUAAACAUGACGUGUGCUAGGCCUUUCUUUCUCAUCUAUCUACGUGUUAACCUCUGAUCAUCUCGCUAUAUUAUCCCAAGAUUACAAAACAAGUGUCACAUACAUCAUGAUUUAUGAGUUGCCAACGUCACUUGAACACAAAAAUCAAAAUUCUUCGACAUGUAUGAAUCAUUCGGGGUCUAAUGUGCGUAACCUGUAAUAAAUCAAAUUAUCAUAAUAUGAAA